AUGCCGGGGGCGCCAAUGUCGUCCGGGUGGAAUCCGUUAGAUUGGCUAGCGCAUUAUCUUACGACAAAGCUUUAUGAUGAUUUGUCAUCCACACGUUUCUUCCUGACCAUAUGCUUUGGUAUUUGCUCGUUACUUGUUCCUUACCACGUUCAGGAUAUCCCAUUUCUGCAUUCUAUCUUUUAUUCAUUAGCAGAAGAUCGCCGCGUGUGGCGCAUAUUUAUUUUCUCCUUACCGGGUCGCUAUUACUGUGCUGGAACUAUGGUGAGUCUCUUUAUUGAUGUUAUUUAUGGUCUAGGUAGCGGAAUCAUUCACCUGCUUAUCGGAAUUUUAUCAACACUUGCUACCUUGCAUAUAUUUGGUCCCACUGACCUUGCAGUUGCGCUAACCUUUGUCUUCAACAUGACAUACUUGCUUGUGGGUUAUUAUUGCAUGAAUUAUGGAACGUAUGACAUAAAUUGGACAAUGUCCUAUUGCAUCCUCUGUUUGCGGCUCAUCGGAUUAUCCUGGGACUAUCGCGACGGCAGUCUUCCUGUUGAACGUCUUUCUGCGUACCAAAAAAGUGCGGCAUUCAAGGAACUCCCGAACACCCUGGAGAUGAUCUCUUUCUGCUUUAUGCCGACUGCGUGCUUUGCGGGACCACAAUUCACUUGGCGUCAUUAUCAUUCUUUCAUCAACCAAACACUUCGCCCGCAGAUCGUUUUGAAGUACCGUACCCCUAUGCAAAAGUAUCUUCUGAAUCCAAAAUUACAUCGGACGCUGAGUCGAUUAUCCGCCGGGAUUGCUUGCUUGGCGUUCUACGUGCUUUCUCUUUCUUACUGUCCGAUGGAAUAUAUGCUCACGCAGGAAUUUCUUUCGAAGCGUUCCUUCUUCUAUCGCGUUGGCUACAUGUGUUUCUACUCAAAUUUCCUUAUCAUGCGCUACCUCGCAAUUUGGCUCAUUGGAGAGGGAGCCUGCGUCUUCCUGGGUCUCGGUUGCACCGGGCGCAUUCGCGUGGACUACUACGGCGGUUCAAGGGGCAGUGACAGCAACAAGAAUGAAACCCAAGAUGUCGCAACGAUGGGGCCAUUGUCAGACGGAGUCGGUGAAUCGAGGUUCCGCAAGGCGGCGGUGCUCAGUAGCAGUUCCACUGGGGGUUUCCGUCGCUUCGAGGAGUUUGAGGACCCCGAGGAGGUUGAGGCAGCAGUUCGUGAGGGGCGAGCCACCGUGACGGAGGCACAGCACACACGAUGCGCCAAUAUUUCUAUCGUGCGCUUCGAGUCUGCCACAAACACUGACCUUCUCGUCUCUUCCUUUAACAUUAAUACCAAUAAGUGGAUGCUUGAAUAUUUGUAUAAACGUUUACGCCGCUUUGGCAGCAAAGCUAUAUCACAGGCUCUCACAUUGACCUUCUUGGCAGUAUGGCACGGCUUCUACAGUGGCUACUACGUUAACUUCUUCCUCGAAUUUGUCACCAUCUACGCCGAAAAGCAGUUUUUGGCUAUCGUUCACCACUCCAUAUACGCGGAUUUCCUAUACGGGACAUUGGCGGGCAAAAUCAUCACCACUAUCACUGGGAAGCUGCAUAUCCUCUUCACCCUCUCCAGUCCUCUGGUGGCAUUCUCCAUGCUGCGUGCAUCGCUGUGGAUUCCGGAUAUUUUAUUUUCCACGACUGAGAUUUUAAUGAUUUUUAAUAUACAGGUAUUCAACUCAGUUUACUGGAUUGGUUUCGUCUACCUCCUCUGGCCGUUAGCAGCGCCUUUAGUGAAGAAGGUCUUUCCACCGAAGCCGCAAAUGGAAGUCCUAAAAUCGGAUUCCUAG